AUGGGACGAAAGGGACGAGGCGGCCGGAGAGGUGCAGUAGGCGCGUUCAAGCGAUCUAAAGUGCCUAAUUUUGGUUCGUCAAAAAUGCCCACUCGGGAAACUGAUUGUAUUGGGGAACGAGCUAUGCGGUGUCCCGCGACUAAUGAGACGAAGGAAGAUGACCGUACGGAAGACUUUGACGAUGAGUUGCCGUUGAUAAUUCAGGAGUUCGACGAGGAUGAGGAGGACGCGGAAACGGCUUCCGGUAGUGCACCGCAAGACUCGUUCCGGGAUGCGGGGAGCCGGAGCCGAGACGCGUCGGUCGGAAGUAGAGACGUGUCCGCGGGAAGCCGAGACGCUCUUUUUUCGGUAGUGCACCGCAGGACUCCUUCCGGCCGCGUGGGCAACCCGACAAGCUGCGGCCGAGCAGGCAGAGAAAAUCCAUGGAGUGGAUUGGAACAACGCGAUUCUGGACGCAGCGGGUCAGAAAUGGGCAGCGCGAAGAGAUACGGAGUCCAGCAAGUCGGAACGCAGCGAGUCGGAACCCAGCGGGUGCGGGACCAGGCGGCCGACGCACCUGAGCAGGACCUGUCCGGGUCCCAAGAGGCCGCGUUUGCGGAGGAGGUCGGAAGCAUCGUCUCUAGCGUUUCCGACCUGGCCGGCGACCAGGAACACGGCUUGACCCCCGGCUACAACGUGGAAGCCGGCGGCUACCACGCCUCCUAUCCGGAGUGCGACGAGUUGAGCCAAAAGGAAGAGUUGAGCCAACAGGAAGAGCUGAGCCAACAGGAAGAGCUGAGUCAACAGGAAGAGCUGAGUCAACAGGAGGAGCUGAGCCAACAGGAGCAGUUGAGCCAACAGGAAGAGUUGAGCCAACAGGAUCAGUUGAGCCAACAGGAAGAGCUGAGUCAACAGGGGGACUUGAGCGAGCAGGAGUGGCCGGACAAAGCCUGCACCCAGGCGGGCGGCAACGGGGAGCCUCCGAGUCGGGACAACACAGCAGAGCGGCCGCUGGCGGGGGACGACUCGAUAUUCGGUUCGGCGAGUAACUUGGUGGUGCCGAGUUCGUCGGAUCUUUUGUCUGCGUCGUCUGACGCGCUGCCGUAUGCUAGCUCGCUCUCGUCGUCGCGAGAUGGCGGGCGGGCGACGGCGGCGGCUGGGGAGGGUUGUGCGGCAGCAGCGGACGAAUGCGAGAUUGAGUCGCUGGAGUGUUUUGGAUCGCCGGAAUUGUUGUUGGAUGAGAUGACACCGCAGGUGUCGCGUACCUGCGAGGAUGGGAGGGCGGUGGAGUGUGAGGCGAGUCUUAGUGGUGCACAGUCGCCAACGGAGCCUCAGUCGCCGACAGUGCUUUCGGGUUCCUCGAGUCGGCCGCGGCGAGCGUUGGGUUACGCUUCCGAUGAGGACACGGCGCCGUCGAGCGACCCGAUGCUUGCGCCCGCGGACGCCGCGGCUACGCUUGCGUUGCUUGACGCUGCGCCGCUGGACGGCGUCUUCCUUCGCAGUGCAGUCCCCGAGAUGGAGACGCAUACACUCGAAAGCGCACGCGAAACGCACCCCUGGGUCGUCACGCAGGUCGGUGCUGCCUGUCCUCGUGUGGAGCCCGAACCGGAGCUUGAACUCGAACGCGGGCUCUCCGGACCUCCGGAUCGCGGACUCUCCGGACCCCCGGAACGCAGUCUCUCCGACCACAGCGAGCGCCUCUCCGCCCGCGGCGUCUCCGCAGAAACGCCGCUCCUACAACGCCCGCCCCUCAUGCCCAGCGCUGCGCACAUCGGCUUCCCACAAUCCGGCUCCGUCCAGUCCGCUUCCGGUGGCAGCGCCGCCGCCGCCGCAGGUAGCGCCGUGGCCCGCGACGGCGCGACCACCGUGACCCUCGACCGCCCCGCGCCGGCCGCGAGCUUCACACACGUGCGCGAACAACUGCUCCAGAAAGAGUGCCUCCCGCGGAUCCAAUAUGGAGACGGCGUCUUCCGAGAAGGCGACAGCGCUUUCCGGGACACGGGGGCCUUCCGGGACGGCAGUGGCUACCGGAGCGUGGAGCGAGGCGCGAGUGCAGCGUCCUCUGGCGGAUCGGUGCCCAGCGCGGUGUACCUGCCGGCCUCGUACUUCGCGGUGGGGUCGACAUUAAGUCACAAGCCGACGCUUUCGUGCUCGGCGAUUGCGACGCCUGUCGCGCGGGAGGUGGGCGCAACGCGGCACACAAUUGCGCGACUGGGUGACGGAGCCGCGCCUCCGAGCUACACGUUGUCUGCCUCGCCGCUGAAGGCUUACCAGGACGCGAAAAUGCGGCGAGAGGGCUUCGUCGGAGGCUCCAUCGGGAGCUCCAUCGGGGGCUCGAUCGGAGGCUCGAUUUCCCCCGCUGCCUCCGCGGCUAUGUACCCUUCGCCGAGUCUGUACGACGCCAGGCGCUCGGCCAGCUACUCCUCUGUCGGCACGCCCCCGACGGCUUACUCAGCGGCCCCGACGGCGUACCCAACGGCCAGCACCGCCUAUACUGGAGCCACCACCACGUAUAGUAGCGGCGCCUACCCCACGACCACGGCCACCGGCUACCCAGGGGCCACCACCAGCUACCCAGGGGCUACCACCACCUAUACUGGGGCCACCACUAGCUACCCAGGGGCUACCACCAGCUACCCAGGGGCUACCACCACCUAUACUGGGGCCGCCACCACCUACCCGACAGCCACCUAUACUAGGGCCACGACCAGUUACCAAGGUCACCGCCCGACCUCGUCCCACGCAGCAGGCACUGGCGGAACCUACACCAGUCCUGUCGGUCGAAGUUUGCUCGGCGGGGCGUCUGGCUACUCGCCGAGUCACGCGUAUCUAACGAGCAGUCCGGGGUACGUGGUGAGCAGCUCGGGGUACGGGGCAAUCCAUCCUGGACACCUGACGGCCAGUCCGGGACACCUGACAACCGCUCCAGGGUACGUGAGGACUAGUCCCGGAUAUGGGACGACUAGUUCGGGGUACGGAGCUCUAAGUCCGGGGCACCUGACGAGCAGUUCGGGGCACCUGACGAGCAGUUCGGGGCACCUGACGAGCAGUUCGGGGUACAUGACUAGUCCGGGGUAUGGAACGGAGUAUGUGGCGGGUAACCCCAGUGCAGGAUAUGCGGCUGGCUAUUCCACGUAUGUGGCUAAUCCCGGUUAUGCAUCCGGCUAUUACACCGGCAGCGGAUUCUCGCCGUACACGACCGGGUACUCUCAAGUGCAGUCGACCGGCCUGACUCAGCACCCCAGCAGUUUGGGCUCCACGAAGCUGGGGGCGACAUACAGCUCUCUCGAAGUUCCCGGCAGCACCGUGAAGUACCACUUCAAUUAUUCGCCGGGCAUGUCCGCUACAGCUGGCACAGUUGCGGGUGCUACUGGCACAGUUGCGGGUGCUACUGGCACAGUUGCGGGUGCUACUGGCACAGUUGCGGCUGUCGCUGGCACAACCGCGGCUGCCGCUAGCACAACCGCGGCUGCCGCUAGCACAACCGCGGCUGCAGCGACUGGCUCAGCGACUGGUACCGCAAUUGGCGAAGCGCUGCCUGGUAGUGUUUCGGACGCUGGUAAGAAUGAAGAGGCGGCAGAGGAGGAGGUGUCUGCGUCGCCGGCGGGCGACUCCUCCUCGACAGCGAAGGAGGAGUCGGUUGGGGCGUGGAAGCAGCAGCGGCGUUCGGCGUCCUUGGACCGGUUUGCGGCGGACGAGUCGUGUGUUAUUAGCACGGUCUCGAAGCGGCGCAUGCUGAAGCCCCGCCGGUUGCUCUUUAGCGCCAUGUUUCCUCAUGGUACGAUAACGUCGUACAAAGUGCUAGAUCUAUUAGGUGAGGGGUCGUCAUCGAAGGUAUUUAAGUGUAUACGUCGGAAUCGGCUUUACGCGGUGAAGUUUCUGCGGAAGACGCGUUUGGCGAACAACCACGCGCUGCGGCGUUUGCUGAGUAGCGAGUUGCAGGUGCACGCUUUGUUGCGUGGACAUCCGUACGUAUGCAGUCUUAAGGGCUGUUUUCAGGACCAGCGGUGUCUGUACUACGUUUACGACUUCAUGCGCGGGCCGACGUUGUUCGAGUUGGUUACGCGGUUGGGUUGUGUGCGAGGGCCGCCGGUGGUGCCGUUGCCACUGGUCAAGAUGUGGACGUGUCAGCUAAUCGCGUUGUUGCGCACAUUCAUGGUGCAUAACUGCGUCCACCGUGACAUAAAGGCGGAGAACCUGAUGAUUGAGCUUGGUGACAUCAAGAUCAUCGACUUCGCCUCCGCCACGGUGACCAACGAGGCUCGGAGCGACCACCGCAGCACAGGCGUCCUGGAUUACCGAGGUCUGGACACCCGCGAUCGAGGUCUGGACCGUGGCCUGGACACCCGCGAUCGAGGUCUGGACGUCCGUGGCCUGGAUGGUCGUGACCGCGACCGGGAGCGUGACCGCGACCGGGAGCGUGACCGCGACCGGGAGCGUGACCGCGACAGAGGUUUGGACAGCCGAGGGGGAGACCAUGUGGUGGACUACCGGAGUGGGCGCAGUGGCGGUGGAGGACGCCGGAGUGAAUAUGUAAAAGGUUCACAUGGUGGGGGGAGGGGGGAAGGUGAGGGGGAAGACGAGUUGGUUGGUACGCCGGUAUACUGGUCGCCCGAGGUAGUGAUGGAGCGGUUGUAUGGAGACCGAGUAGAGGCUCGUCCAUUUGCGGGUGAUAUAUGGGCAGUGGGUUGUGUGUUGGUGUUUAUGAUAACGGGAGUGUUACCAUUCCAGGGCGGUAGUACGGAUGAGGUAUUAGAUGCGAUUGUGAAGUACAAGAAGGGACAGUAUCUGUUGGAUCUGAAGAGCGAAUUGCGUGUUGAAGGUGACAUGCUCGAUCUGUGCUAUCGUUUGUUGCACCCCAGCCCGGAAGUGCGGGAGAGGUUUAUCCUGGAGGACCCGCUCGAACAUGCCGCAUUCCGUGGCAUGCCACUAUACUGUCCCGCCGAUGUAGAUCCCUUCAGUCUCGAACGAUCCAUCAUCUCCUUCUUCGGCACUCGAGGCCAAUCCGAGGACACCUCCAGCAUGGAACUCACUCCAAAUGUCGGCGAGGCCUUCAGCGGCCGCCUCAUCUCCGAAGUACCCGAAACGCCGCCACCGCGAAAGGCGGGACGCAACCGACCUGCAGCCACCACCGGCAGCACCGCCGCCACCACACGUGGACUAGACUCCGUAGGCGCCGUGGGAGGCGGCGCACUCGACUAUGUCGAUACCGCUGCCACCACGCAACUCGCCGAUGAAACCGAACCCGCAGCGGAACUCAUUUCCCGCGAACCAGAUACAUACGGCCAGCGUACCAGCCGUCCUCCGCGUUAUAUCAAGGAAUGGAUCGCCUUACGUCGAGCACUCGACGCCCAGGACGUUAAAGAGAACCACUCCGCUCCCCGUUCCGCAGAGUCCGGUGGCGGCGGCGGGGCCGCCGCACCGGCGGAGCCGGCGAAGCCGGCGCCGCAAAGGUCCAAUACGCCCCCCACACCUCCGCCGCCGCGUUGGUUGGUGGCAUUGAGCGCCGAGGCUGCCGUUUCGCGUGUGGUCGCAAAGGUCGAAGGACUUCUAGCGAUCAUCAACGGCCCCGCUGAAGACCUCGUCGAAUCCUGUGGCGUCCGCGUCUGGGGCGCACUGUUGGUCAAACUAGGUCAGCCUGAGCCGCCGCGGCGAAGCUCCGUUGUUCAAGACGACUCCUGGAGUUGUUGCUCUAAACUGCUCUUUGUGAAAAGUCCUGCCAAACUGACCGACCGUAGCGGCCGAGACGGGGUCAGUGCCCGAGACGGGCGUAGCGGUAGCGGCCGUGGUCGCGGGACGGUUCGCGGUAGCGGUGACGCCAGGAGCAGAGAAGAGGAAGAGAGUUUCGCCGCUUACGGCAUCCUCUGUGGCCACAACACCUUGGCCAUCGUGAAAGAGGACCCGCAUGAGGCACUGACUUUCGAACCCGUGACCCGCCUCCACUACCUGCAGGCAAAGAUCGUGCACUGGACCUCCAGCGGGCCCACCUCCCUCAUCCUUAAGGGAGAAAAUCUCGACAUAGAAAUCGAUGCUGGCACGGUCCAGAACAAGAAGUCCUGGCUGGCUGGACUACGAUAA